AUGGGGAAUACGGCCCCGGGAAUAGAAAAAGCUUCUGUUGAAGCCUUGUUGAAAUUUGGACAGAAAGCUGGAGACCCGCUGGAUCGGGCUCUAGUGACAGAUUUGUUGUCUUGGGCACGCCGUAGAGGCUUACUCAAGGAAACUGCACAAGUUUUUAAAGACGAGACGUGGAAGCAUAUAGGGGAGGAAAUAUGGGAAUCUGUCCAGACUGAUAAUAAAGAAGCAAAAAGACUUGCUUCAACCUAUCGACAGAUCAGUCUCUUAGUACAAAAAAUAGGAGCGGAGGCAGAAGUUGAAGCAAUAAUUCAGACCAUCUUGAAAGACGCUAAAAAUAAAGUAACAUCGGGAUCGGGGGCGGAGACAAAAACUGCCGCGGAGACAAAAGCUGAGACGAAAACUGUUUGCCCUGCUACCCAAGGUCCUUACGAUUAUCUCAUUCCUGAUUGGGACCCCGAUAAGGGAGCGGGAGGUUCACAAGUCCCCGAGCCUAUGGAAGUGGGACAAGCGGUACCAUCAGCUCCGCAAAUAGAUCCUGCAACUGUCCCUCUGCCUCCUGAGGAAGAGGAGUUAAAGACUCUUUUACAUGAGCAGGCAGAUGCAAUGACUAAACUAUUGAAUGAGAUGCAACGGUUGGAUAAAGGUUCCAAAUCAAGGGUGGUUAAAGAGAGUUAUCGCAAGGCACAUAAGUCUAUUGUUGAAGGUCUGAAAAAUGUUGAGAAACAAUUAACAAAGAUUGAGUCUGGUAAUUGUGUUCACCCUGCUGCUGUUACUGAAGAGAAAAAUACAGAUGGUAAAAUGUCAGUGGAAAGGGCUCGUCAACGGGUGUUACAAAGUAUCAGAGAUGGUGAAAUGGACAUAGAGGAGGGCGAUUGGUAUUUGCGGUCUAAGUAUGGUUCAGAAGCGAGACUGUCUGCGGAGGAUAAGAGAAAGCUUGCAGAUUGGUUUGCAUUGUAUCCUCAGUAUAAAAGGGAAGAGGAUUCAGCAAGUGGAAUGGUGGAUGAUGUCUGGAAGUGGUGGAGAGGGAAAGCGAAUGAGGAAAAGUCAAAGGAGACUCCUAAACAGAGAAAUUCUGAUUACAUUCCAAAAGAUCCCAACUUUGACAUGUCAAACCGGUGGAAGGGAGUUGUAACCAAUGCUGAAAUUACUGGGGAUUUUCAGUUUACAGCUGCACCAGUAACUAUUGAUAAUAAUGGACAGAGAAACUGGCAGCCUAUAGAUUGGACCACAGUUGCCAAAAUACAGAAAGCAAUUUUAGAUUAUGGAAUAGACAAUCGACUGGUCAGAAGACAGAUGGAAACAUUUAUAAAACAUCAGACACUAAUACCCACAGACAUUAAACAUCUGUUUGAACUGAUGCUGGGACCUACGAGUUAUAUGAUGUUUGUUAACAAGUGGCAGGAAAGAUUAGAGCAGAAACAGCUUGAUAACUUGACACUGCCGCACGGAGAUCCCUUACGGGUGGCCUCCCUAGAGCAAUUAAUGGGGAACGGUCAGUACGUUGACCCACAGCGGCAAGCUGCGCUAGACUUGCGGAUUCUGGCUCAAAGCAAAGUGGCUGCCCUUGAAGCUUUCGCCAGUUUGCCACAGGUCGGCACUCCAAAACAACCAUACUUGCAAAUUAAACAGAAAGAUAAUGAGUCAUUUAUGGCAUUUGUUGACAGAAUUACAGAAGGUGUUGAAAUGGCACCUGACAUUCCAGCCAACAUGAAAGAGACAUUGGUAAAAGAGAUUGCUAUGCAAAAUGCCAAUGCUGCAUGUCGGAGGUUAAUUGCCACUUUACCCCCUGCUGCUUCUUUACUGCAAAUGGUAGAACAAUGUUCUCGAGCCCCGAUGGAAGAAGAGAAGGAAAAGGCUCGAAUUCAUGCCUCUGCAUUAGCAGCUGCAUUGUCCAAAUGCUCGCCACAAGGAAAGGGGGACAAGGGCUCAAAUCCUGUAUGUUUUAAAUGUGGACAGACGGGACAUUUUAAAAAGCAUUGUCCUACAAUUAAGGCUGUUACUAACCAAGUAUCGUCGAUGAGUUCUCCAUUCGCAGGAACCUGCAACAAGUGUGACAAGUUCGGACACAGAGCAUCAGACUGCAAAUCCCGAUUUAAGAAGGAUGGAACACCUCUUGUGCCCCAGCAGGGAAACGGGGGAGGCCGCGUGGGGGGCGCGGCUCAGACCUCAUCUUAAGCGACCGGACCCCCCACAACGGAGGCUGCCUCGACGAUCUACUCGCCGCCACCAGAGGAAGCGCUGGCCUCGAUUUGGUCAAGGAAACGCGAAAGCCGAUGAGGUGGUGAGUGCUGGAGCCCAGCAAAAUGAUACUGAUGAACCUUCUGUUUCUGUCAAAUCAGCCACUCA